CGGGAUCUUUGAGAAGCUUGCGAGAAGAGUGAUCAUGGGCGUAAUUUCGGUGCACGGCGACUCGGACUGGAACGCGCAGAUGCAACACGCAGGUGGAAAGCUGGUAGUGGUGGACUUCUCAGCCGUCUGGUGCGGCCCGUGCCAGCACAUCAAGCCCGUGUACCAUCAGUUGAGCGACCAGUACCAUGACGUGGUAUUUCUCGAAGUGGACGAGGCGCAGAACCGCUCGCUCAUCGGCACUUUGGGCGUCCGCGGGUUCCCCACCUUCCACUUCUACGUGAACCAGAGCAAAGUGGACGAGCUCGUAGGCGCCGACCCGAACCAGCUUCGUGCAAAGAUCGAGCAGUGGCGCCAGUCUGCUUUCAAUCCUUUCGCUUCUCCCGGUAUGACACUAGGUGCCAGUUCCGGCAGCCCAGCCGCGCCCCUGUCAGCCGCCGAGGCUCGUGAGGCCAGACUGAAGCGGUUCAACAACGUGAGCUUGGUGCCUAACGCUCCUGUGGCAGCUCCUGCCGCUCCGGUCGCAGCUAAGCCGGCGGUACCAGAUUCCAACACGGUGUGCGAUCCAGCUACCGGUAUUUGCCGUCCUAAAGACGACGACGAGGAAAUGAAGGAAGAAAGUGGUGAACUGGGGCCUCCGCCUGUAAACGAAGAGCUACUGACGCAACUGAAAGAAAUGGGCUUCGACGAUCUUCGCUCCCGCAAGGCAUUGCUUGCAACGGAUAACCAGGGUCUUGAGCUGGCUAUCAACUGGCUAGGCGACCAUCAGGACGAUGCGGAUAUCGAUGAGCCAAUCAAGUUUGUGGAUUUGUCCAAGACGGCUCCGACACGUGAGUUGACUCCAGAGGAGAAGGCUGCCAAAGUGGAGGAGUUGAAGGCUCGUAUUGAGAAGAAGCGUGCGGAACGGGAGGAGCAGGAGAAGCUGGAUCAACGUACCAAUGAGUUGAAGCGUCGUACCGAGGGACAGGGCAUGCAGGAGUCCCGCGAAGAGAUCGAAGCCAUCCAGCGCAAGAUCGCUGCGGAGAAGAUGAAGAAGGACAAGGAAGACGCCAAGCGUGAGCGUGAGCGUCUGCGUAAGCAGCUCGAGAUGGACAAACGUGAACGUCAAGCUCGUGGCGGUCGGUUGGGUGGUCCACCUAUCGACGUAGCACCCAUCGAUGUGAGCUCGAAGAAGGUGGAGGAAGAGAAGAAGAAGAGUCCCGUCUUGACCCCCAAGGAGCAGAUCGUGAAGAACGUGGGGAUCUUGAAGAAAUACCGCGUCGGUAACGAUGGUCUCACGGCUCUCAAGACGCUGAAUGUGUAUGUGAAGAACCUGGUUGAGAAGCCCGAGGAGGAGAAGUUCCGCAUUAUCAAUUUAGAGAACGCGGCGUUCCGUAAGCGUGUUGCCAGCCUUGUUGGCGGUGUGGCUUUCCUGAAGAGUCUCGGGUACGAGAAGGAUGAAGCGGACGGCAAUCUCAAGCUGUCGGUGGAAAACCGCGACGUGGAGCUGUUGCAAUACGCUCGCACCCAACUUCAAGGCGCAAUUGCCGAGCUCUCGAACUGAGGAGAAUAAAUAACAUCACGAUUAGAGCUCGUUUUGAUGCUCUUUUC